AUGGCCACUCAACUUGCAACCACCUUCACUGCCGCUGUAGGAGCUAGAGGCUCAACCAGUAGCACCAACCACGAUGAAAUUCACAAGAUUUUCGGUGAACCCAACGAGAACUUUCAUGCCCCAUCGGUUGAAGAAUUAUGUACACCCAAACAAUUGGAAUUGGUUCAGGAAUUGAAGAAGAAGUGUGAGGCUUGGAUUCCAAACCUCGGACCAGAUGAACAAACGUUCAUGACCUCUGAAGGCUUGUUUUUGUAUUACAGAUAUCUGACAGGAUAUGGAUGGGAUAAGAUGAAAGAUGCAGAGGAUGGUUUGAAGAAGACUUGUGAAUGGAGAGCAAAGAUUAAACCUCAAAAUUUAACGAUUGAAGAUUUGGGGGAGGUUGGAAAGAGUUCAUUCAUGUAUCACUAUGGUUUUGAUAAGUGGAAUAGACCUGUUGUGUAUAUUGAUAUGAAGAAAGACAAAACACCCAUGACCAAAGAAAACAUUCAUCUCAAAUAUUUGUCGUUUGUUUAUUUCACAGAACAUCUCACAAAAAGAAUGCCCAAGAAUGUCUAUCAAAUCACAUGGAUUCUCGACGUCACCGGAGCCGAUGUUAGCCUCAGUCUUGUGAAACAGAUGAAAGAUACAUUCCUGGAUUUAGGUGUUUAUUAUUGUGAGCGAUUAUCUUUGGCUUUUGUUUUGAAUGUCACCAUGUCAAUUAAUUUAAUUUGGAAAUUUGUAUCACAAUUUUUAGCCAAACAAACAGUGGAAAGAUAUCACGUAUUCACAAAAGACAACAAAAAAUUAAGAGAUGCUCUCCAUCACUUUUUCGAUGAGGGACGACUUUUGAAAGAAUUCCACGGAACUGCUGAAUUUGAUUUUUCUGUAGAAGUUAUGAAAUCUUUUGACUCGACCAUUUCCAUUAAGGAUAUCAAAGAAGCAAAGGAAACCACAACCGUUCAAGAUGGUACAGACUAA